CUAAUUUUUCGAUCCAACGGUCCAAAGGAAACACAACUCGUGAACUCUCUCAGUCGCGGCGGCGGCGCCCCCAAAACCCUCCUCGGAAGCUCGCUCGUCUCCUGGCCCCCCUCUCUUCCGGCGGCGACCUCCCAAAUCCCCGGCCAUGGACGACAUCGACUCCAGGUACGAGAUCCCCCGAACCGUCGCGUUCCUCCGCGGUCGCGCCUACACCCGGGUCGCCCUCCAGUUCCCGGACGAGAUGCUCAAGGACGCGGCGGCGGUGGCGCGAGCGCUGCGGCGGGAGCUCGGUGGUGGCGGGGUCAGGGUGUUCGUGAUGGCCGACACGGCGUUCAAUUCGUGCUGCGUCGACGAGGUGGGCGCGUCCUACAUCGACGCCCAGUGCGUCGUACACUACGGCCACGCCUGCAUGAGCCCAACAUCAAAUUUGCCAGCUUUCUUUGUAUUUGGGAAGGCCCCAUUGGAUGUUGAUGCCUGUGCCUGCUCAUUGCUGGAGUGCUCAAGAAAAAGCAAUAAACGCAUUCUGGUUUUAUAUGGAUUAGAGUAUGCAUAUGCAUUGGAUGACCUUAGACGAGCAGUUGAGGAGUCAUAUAAAUCACAUUCCAGCAAUCCUGAAGUCCAGUAUGCAGACGUUCUGUGUUCAGUUAUGAGCCCAUCGAGUUCUACAAAAGAAAAUGAAUGUUCUCAAUCGAAUGGAACCUCUUGUGAUGGUGGUUUGUCUGUACAAAGUGAUGUGGCAACAUUUCUUAAUAAUCGUUGUAACAUGGAACGUUCCAGUUCCACACACAAGUACAGCCAUGGUGGCGUUACAUGGGAUAUUUCAGUUGAGAAAAUGGAGGACUAUUUGAUAUUUUGGAUUGGACAAGAUAACUCGGCAUUUGCUAACACUGUACUUACAUUCAAUAAAUGUGAAAUAGUUAGAUAUGACGCAAUAGCAAAUCAACUGGCAACAGAUGUCUCUCAUCUGAUGAAAAUUCUUAGGCGCAGAUAUUACCUCGUGGAGAAGGCAAAGGAUGCAAAUAUUAUUGGCAUUUUGGUGGGAACUCUGGGUGUUGCUGGUUAUCUUCAUAUAAUUGAGCAAAUGAAAGAACUGAUCAAGGCCACUGGAAAGAAAUCUUAUACACUGGUCAUGGGUCGGCCAAAUUCUGCAAAACUUGCGAAUUUUCCUGAGUGCGAAGUUUUUGUUUAUGUUUCUUGUGCUCAAACUGCUCUGUUGGAUAGCAAAGAAUUUUUAGCUCCUGUCAUUACACCAUUCGAAGCUGUAUUAGCUUUUAGCAGGGGAAGAGAAUGGACUGGAGAAUAUCUUUUGGAUUUUAAGGAUUUGAUCACUUCAGAGAAACAAGAAGGUGCAAGCAAAACAGAAGAAGCACGAUUUUCCUUUAUCAAAGGUGGUUAUCUGGAAGAUAACUGUCCUCAAGAAACUGAGGAACAGUCUGAAACAUCACUCUUACUGGCUGAGGUAACAGAAAAGGCGCUAAGUAUCCAAAACCAGAACAAUGAUGCGGUCCUUUACCAAGGAGGAGCAAUGUCUUCAAUUGAUUACCUCAAGGCACGGUCGUACCGUGGUCUCACUGGAGAAUACGAGGGUCCAUCACCAGAUUCAAUCUUGGUAGGCAGGACGGGGAGGGCAGCUGGUUACAGUGAUGAGAAAUCGCAGAGUGCAGAAUGAAAGCAACGCUGCCCCAGUUGAUCGGUCACUCCAGACUCUUGCAGCCUGGAUAGUUCUGCCAUUGUAUGUUGUUUCAUUCAUGCGAAAAAAGUGUUUCACGGAUGAUUGUUGGCUGAUUUCUCUUUGGUGUGCUUCCACGAGCACACCUGCUUUUAAGAGAUGGGAACAAUCCUCUGAGUGCUGUUCUUUCAAGAGGCAGUUUCGUAACAGAACUAGUGCGUUCACGGGGCCAGUUUUGAUGCGUGUCGUGAGCUUUGUGAGGUUCAGUGUUUGUGAUCAACUUUGGCAUUUGUUCAAAAGUUGAGAUAUGCUAUACAGUUUGGCCUUAUGUAAGAAGAUUAGACCAGGAUGUAUACUAUAUUACUCUUUUCAGUCAUAGAUACAAAUGUUAUGGACAA